AUUCUUUUCUGUGUUAUUUGUCUGUGUGAACAUCUUGUUUGUGUUUUCAAUCCCAUUGGUUGGCUUUAUCGUAAGGGACUAAUCUUUUUUUUAUUAAGGUUUGAAUCUUGACUAAAAGAGAUGUUUAUAUUUAGUGUCUGACAAACAUCGUUGUAUGCUGAUGAGGAUAAAUAUAUACGGGGCCUAAAAGAUUAUGUUGUGUUUGGUUAAAAAUGGUAUAUUUUAGCUCUGAUAUGAAAUGGGUUUUGAUUAGUUUUUUAAUCUGGUUCAUUCAUGCUUUGGUAGUAACUUCUUUUAAAGAAAAAAAAAAUUGGGGGAUUUUGGAGUGUAUCAGUGGGGAGUUCAAAUUUUUGUUAGGCUUCUGUGUCUGUUUUUUUUUUUAAAGAUGGUAUACUUUGGCCUUGAUAUUAAAUGGGAUUUCAUUAGUUUUUUACUCUGGUUUCGGCUUGCAUGAUUUUAGAAGAAAGGGUAAAAGACUAUUACUUUGGCUUUUGGUGUUCUGGCUUUUGUUUUGAUACCAUUAUUACUUGUUUUGCGUUUUAGGAUUAUGGAGAGGAAAAUUGGAGUUAAAUUGGUUUUGGGUUUUUGGAAUUUGAUUUUCAGUGGUUGAAUUUUUUAAUAAUUAUUUUUUAUAGUGUUUAGUUGAUUGUCUUUGAUGGAUUAUGCUUCUACAGUUAUUGCUGAUGUACGUGAUUCCCGCUUUUCCUUUUAUAGAUCUGUUCUUACUUUCGUGAAUCAUAUAGUGUGCGGUGAACUGUAUGAUUGCAUCUCCUAAUUGAUGUAUUGUGCCUUCUAAGGAUUGUUGGUGUUCUUAUUAUGGUAGUAAUUUGAGUGGACUUUUCCUAUUUGUGUCUGUAAUGUCUGAUACAUGUAACCAUCUCACGCAGUGAGAAAAGGAUUUUCGUGUUGUUUAUAAGGGUGCAACGUCUUGGGAAAAUGAUGCGGGGAGAGUUAUUUGUUUAGGGCAAAGCAAGGUUUUCAGUUUCAGUAUCCAUUAAGCUUCCAUCACGGAUUUGUUCUUGUUCUGUAAAACUUCACUGACCAAAUCUGAUGCAUGUUCUUGCAAGUUGUUACAACUCACAAUACUAUUGACAUUCUGCAAAGUAAGGUUACAGAGUUGACUGUAUAUUCUGCAAAGUAAGGUUACAGAGUUGACUGUAUGCCGUGCUCGAAUAUUUUUGAAACUUGGGCAGUUACUUUACCUUUUGAAAUUGCCACUCAUCUUCGUGCAUUACUUGAGAAGAAUUUUAUUGUUCUCUGCUAUGAUCUUUCCAAGAAGGAGAUUGUGACCUAGACAGGCUAUUUUCAUCAUUACAACUAACCUGUAUGGUUUUAAACAACAGUAUGAAAAUGCAUUUUUUGGUGUCCCUGGGACCACAUUAUGACUGCAAUUGUAGUCACAUCAACCACAUUUGUUUGCAACCUUUUUUGUAAUAAUAAGAUUCAAAAUGAAACUGUAGCUGUGACCACUGUCUAAAACAUUGUGUUUUAUACGUGUGGAGCUCGAAGUUUUACAACAGGGAUCAUACUGCCUCUACCACUGAAUUGUUCUAUGCUUUACAGUCUAGUCAAUCGGAAGAUUGAUUUUCUUUCAUUGUUUCAUACAUAUAUGAAUUGACUAGAUUCUCAUUUAAAUAGCUAAAAUGCAAUUUUCUUUAGUUUUUCUUCCCAUACUAUAGUAAUUGUCAAUUGGUCAUGAAAGACAAUUUGUAGUACUCUGCUUCACCUAAAGCAGUAGCAUAAAAUAUCUUUGUUUAGAUUAAUACAGGGCAAGUUGUUUAUACUUUACCUCUUGUGGACUACCUUCAGAAGUCUGAGACCAAGCUGUUUAUAUUCAUCUUUGGUCUGGCUCUAGAAAUUUUGAGUUAUUGGAGGUCAAACUCAACUAAGCAGAGCAGUUGUACUAAAGAUGCUAUUCCCUCUCAAAGAGCCAUGCUGUUGCAAAUAGGUGUUGCUAUGAAAGCCAUGCCUUGGUACACUUUGCUUCCAACUGUUUCAGAGUACCUAGUAGAAAAUGGCUGGACAAAGUGCUAUCCUAGAUUAUAUCACGUUGGUUGGCUUCCAUACUUUGUGUAUUUAGCUAUUUAUCUAGUUGUUGUAGAGUUUGGUAUUUAUUGGAUGCACAGAGAGCUGCAUGACAUUAAACCACUUUACAAACAUCUUCAUGCUACUCAUCACAUCUACAAUAAACAGAACACUCUGUCCCCUUUUGCUGGUUUGGCGUUUCACCCUCUUGAUGGGAUUCUUCAGGCAUUACCACAUUCUCUUUCUUUGUUUUUUAUCCCAACCCAUUUUACUACACAUUUAGUUCUCAUUUUCCUUGAGGGUGUUUGGACUGCAAAUAUUCAUGACUGCAUUCAUGGAAAGUUGUGGCCUGUUAUGGGUGCUGGUUACCACACCAUUCACCACACUACAUAUCGGCACAACUAUGGUCAUUAUACCAUCUGGAUGGAUUGGAUGUUUGGGACUCUUCGCGACCCGGAGGAGGAAGAUGACAAGGCAAAGUGAUGAACUGCAGACUAGCAUUGAAAAGUCAUUGGUUAUCUUGUUUGGAUUGUUGAAAUGUGGUUCCUAGCAUGUAAAGCUCAAAUGUGUUCUGUAUUUUUCUGGUGUGCAUCACAAGGUGAUUUUAUAUGUUAGAGAGACAGGGUAGAGGGUUAAAAUGGGAGCUUCCCUGUCUCUGAUUCUAUUGUCAGUGUAUGUGGUUUAGGUCUUUUUCUUUCUCAGAUUGUGUGGUAGAGAUUGAGAUGGUAAUGCUGUUUUCUCCAUGUGAGAAUUGGUCAAACUACUAAUACUUGGAUUUGUUUCACUCUCUUUCUCCCUUCUAUAUGAUUCUAUGUUGAAAUGAGGUGCAAGAAAA